GUUUUAGGGACCUUGACGGUCAUCACCAUCACCACCACCACUACCAAUGUCGAGGAUCAUACUUUACUUAUUUUCGUGUGGACACAUAUAAGUCCACGACGGCUCUUACGACGAUUGUAUUUACCACCGUCAGAUCAUAAUCACAUACGACUUCACUGCACGAUUCUUGUCCCUAAUCCGGAUCUCCAUGGAUCCUGUCGUCUACCCUAUCCUACAUCGUCCCAUACAUCCUGAAUUGCGAACCUCGACCGCUUGCUCUAAAUCUAAUCGUUGCGACGUCUCACCAUGGCGGGCGUCAGUCGCUUCAAGUUCUUGGCCAUAGCCAUGGUAUUUCACCUGGUAUAUCUCUACUCAAUCUUUGAUAUCUACUUUGUCAGUCCAAUUGUUAGUGGCAUGCAGCUGUUCCAGCUGGAGAGGCCAGCCGGAGAAAAAGCCCCAGCCGAUAGGCUUGUGCUCUUUGUUGGUGACGGAUUGCGCGCUGACAAAACCUUCCAAUCGUUUCCCGAGCCAUAUCCAGAAACCGACCAGGAUCUAACCCCGCGACCACUCGCGCCCUUCCUGCGGUCCCGCGUCUUGGAACAUGGCACAUUCGGCGUGUCCCAUACAAGAGUGCCCACCGAAUCCCGUCCCGGUCACGUUGCCCUGAUUGCUGGUCUAUACGAAGAUGUUUCAGCUGUCGCGACGGGUUGGAAACUCAAUCCUGUCAACUUUGACAGUGUCUUCAAUCGAAGCAGGCAUACAUGGAGCUGGGGUAGCCCAGAUAUUCUUCCUAUGUUUGAGCAAGGCGCCACACCGGGUAGGAUAGAUGCGGACUUUUACGAUGCCGAGUUUGAGGACUUUUCGCAAGAUGCGCUCCACCUUGAUCUCUGGGUUUUUGACCAUGUGAAAGAACUUUUUGCCGCUGCAGAGAAGAACAGCACUCUGAACAAGGCCCUUCGAGAAGAUAAAAUAGUGUUUUUCCUCCAUCUCUUGGGGCUGGAUACAGCUGGCCAUUCCUAUCGGCCCUAUUCAAAAGAGUACUUGAAUAACAUCAAGGUCGUAGACGAAGGAGUAAAGGAAAUAACGAACCUGAUCAAUAAGUUUUAUGCCGACGACAGAACAGCUUUCGUUUUCACGGCGGAUCACGGAAUGAGCGAUUGGGGAAGCCAUGGAGACGGUCAUCCAGAUAAUACCAGAACACCCCUCAUAGUUUGGGGCUCUGGCGUCGCCAAACCCAAGAUAUACAAGGAGGGCAUAGCGCCUGGGCAUGAUGAAUACUCUGCGGACUGGAAUCUCGAUCAGAUUCAAAGACAUGAUACGCAGCAAGCUGACGUCGCCGCGCUUAUGGCUUAUUUGGUUGGCCUUGAAUUCCCGGCGAAUUCUGUGGGCGAACUACCGUUAUCAUAUCUAUCAGCAGAUACCAAGGGAAAAGCCAAAGCAUCGUUUGUAAAUGCUCAAGAAAUCCUAGAGAUGUAUCGUGUGAAGGAGGCAAACAAAGAAUCCAAACAACUAAGAUAUCAGCCCUACGAACCCUUGAGCGCAGAGCACGGAAAGACUCCUAGCGCUCGGUUUUCGUCGAUUAGUGAUUUGAUCGAAUCAGGACGUUACGAGGAAGCCAUCGAGGAGAGUGCCGCGUUGAUGAAGCUCGGCCUAGAGGGAAUGCGCUAUCUACAGACAUACGACUGGCUUUUCCUUAGAGCUCUUGUCACAAUAGGGUAUCUAGGCUGGAUGGCCUUCGCACUAACUACCGUCAUCGACUUACACGUCUUACAAGGUACGGCAGAGCCGUCGCGAACAGUCAGCGGGACUAUCUUUUUUUCAUCUAUCCUUGUCUCACUGUACGCUUCCAUAUACAUCUCUGAGUCGCCCUUGACAUAUUAUGCGUAUGCGUUUUUCCCGGUUUUAUUCUGGGAGGAAGUGUACGCACGCCGGGAAAGUCUGGUGAGAGGAAGGCAAGUUUUACUUGGUCACAUCAAAACGGGGACCAAAGUCUUGUCAUUCAUCUUGAACUUUACCAUCUACGUAGGGAUUAUUGAGUCACUGGCGCUUGGUUACAUUCACCGUGAGGUCUUCACAGUCCUCUUCAUCAUAGCUUCGUUCUUCCCUGUGUUUCUGGGUAUCUCCUUCAUCCAGAGACAUCUCAGUCUCAGUGCUACGUGGUUCACCUCGUGCCUCUUAAUGAGUACAUUCACAUUACUCCCCGCCAACAAGGUUGAAGAUGUGCAGUUGAUCAUGCUCGGAGGCUCCCUAAUGGUAGCCGUCGGUAUUAUCUACCUCAUAUUCGAAGAUAAGCUACUUGCGGACUUCUCUGGUUCUACCAAACCUCAAUCCCAAAAUAAAGAUAAUGGUCUUUCAAGGGCUCUCAUCGGAGUACAAACCGGUCUUGUUAUCCUUGCCAUGAUUGUAACCCGGUCCAGCGCUUUAUCAUUACAAGCAAAGCAAGGCUUACCUCGAGGCAAUCAAAUAGUCGGCUGGCUCGUGCUAGUCAUAUCAUUCCUGAUGCCUCUAGCCCAUCGCCUCCAGCCUAACCCCCAUUAUCUCCACAGGCUCCUCGUGAUCUUCUUGACAUGUGCACCAACCUUCGUCCUACUCACGAUAUCAUACGAAGGGCUCUUUUACUUUGCCUUCUCCCUUACCCUGGUAACCUGGGUUCGACUAGAACACCACGGCUACGUAUUCCUCCAAUCCUCCAAAGCAGUCGAAAAGACUCCCAAAUCAACUGCCGAGGCAGUCGUCGAGAAAGUCACAUCUCAGUUCCGCCCACUAUCCCUCUCAGACGCGCGCGUGGCCCUCUUCUUCUUCGUGCUCCUCCAAGCCGCAUUCUUCAGCACAGGCAACGUCGCUUCAGUAUCAUCUUUCUCUCUCGAAAGCGUAUGCCGAUUAUUCCCUAUCUUCGACCCCUUUUCCCAAGGCGCGCUCCUCACCCUCAAGCUCAUGAUCCCUUUUGUCCUUAUCUCAGCGAACCUAGGGGUCCUCAACAAGCGCAUCGGCGUCGCGCCCUCGGCGCUGUUCAUGCUCGCCAUGGCGCUCAGCGAUAUCCUCACGCUGUACUUCUUCUGGGUUGUCAAGGACGAGGGCUCGUGGUUGGAGAUCGGAUCUACGAUUACGCAUUUCGUCAUUGCUAGCAUGCUUUGUGUGUUUGUUGCUGCGCUGGAGGGCGUUAGUGCUGCUUUUAUUGCGGGUGUCGAGCUUGAGGGUGGGGUUAGGAGGGAGGGAUUAGGAAAAGAAGGAGAAGAAGGAGAAGAAGGGAAGGAAGGGAAGGAAGGGGGUAAGAAGAAGGAGCUGAAGGCCAGGUUUGAUGAGCAUGGGAAUAGUAUCGAUGAACAUGGUAAGAAGGGGAUAGAACUUUCCUUUGCUUAUCAGUUUGAAAGUUAGGGGUGUACUAGUAGAUCUGAUAGAUAGAGAAUAGAUAGAGAAUAGGAAAAGAAAUAUUCGAAUAGAAAUGGUGUGGUGAUUUUGUUUGAUGUGUGAUGGAGAGUUCCUGUGUGUUAGCAGGGUUAUUGGUUUCGUAUGAGAAAUAUUACAGACGAAGGUCUAUAUGUAUGGUACAUUCAAAUCUGGCUGGAUGGCGAUGAUGAUCAGUGAAAUGGCCAGGGAAGGAGAUUUAAAAGGGUCGAUGUUAAAAUGUAUAGAGGAAUAUGUAUGUAUAUCUAACAUGUAGC